AUGAAGGCCUCGAUACUAUCUCUGUCUUGUAUUUUCUGGGUCCUUGCAGCGGGUGCCAGCGUCCCCAGAUACUUUGAGAAGCACGCGAUCACACGUCGUGACUUGACUGCCAAACAAAUCAGAGAGGAACUCGGCCUCCGGGUAUCCAAUACCACCUUGAUCUUCGGACCAGAAGCUUGCCGGUUCGAAAAAGCCACUUCCAGAUGGACGGACUCUUCCAAGCCUGAUGUCCAAGUUGUGAUUGAGCCAGGAACUGAAUCAGACAUCGCGACAAUUGUCCAAUACUGCAACGCGAACAGCAUCGAAUUUUUGGCCCUCAAUGGCGGACAUGGCGUGGCGGCAAGUCUUAGCACAUUCAGUGGCAUCCAGAUCAGCAUGCGGCAGCUCGACAACAUCACCAUCCAACCCGGCGGCAAGUCGGCCUGGUUCGGAGGCGGCACCGUCGUAGGCCCAGUUAUCCACCAUCUGUGGGACAAGGGCUUUGUCACUACCACCGGUGGGUGUGAAUGCGUCGGCAUGCUAGGCGCCGGUCUUGGGGGUGGUCACGGCCGUUACGAAGGCCUGUACGGUAUGAUCAGCGACAAUAUGCUGCAGCUCAACGUUGUCUUGGCCAACGGCUCGACCGUCCGCACCAACACUACGAGCCACAGCGACCUUCUCUGGGGCAUGAAAGGGGCCGGGCACAAUUUCGGCAUUGUCACGAGCUAUGAGAUGAACAUCUUUCCCCGGGGCCCCGAAACCUGGCAUUACCACAACUACAUCUGGCGCGGUGAACAGUUGGAGGCUGUCUUCAAUGCCCUCAAUCUUUUUCAUGGCAACGGCUCAACUCCCAUUGAUAUGGCCUUCAACGUUGGAACUUUCCUGAUGGACGCUUCCGUGAGUAGUAAGGAGCCUGUUCUCUCUUGGACGUUUGCCUAUCGCGGCACCUCUGAGGAGGCCGAGAAACAUCUCGCCCCCAUGAACGCUAUAGAGGCCGCCUACGAGGAAUUCGGUGACGUACCCUACUCGCAGAUCGCCCAUGCGCAGGGCACAGGCAUGUCCGACCCCAUCUGCCAGCAUGACGGUGUGCAUAUCUCGUCGACAGCAGGUCUCCAAGUCUAUAACCUGACGGCCGAGCGCCUCAUUUACGAGGGGUUCAAGAUGCGCGCGAUCGAAGACCCAGACCUCGCGGCUGUGACAGGCAUCAUGCACGAAGGCUACGCGACCGCCGGUGUCGAGGCCAUUGACUCGGCGAGUUCGGCGUACCCCUUCCGCGCCGACCGCCACCUGAUGUUCUUCAACGCGGCCGUAACAGACCGCGAUAGCGCCCUUGAGGAGAGGGCCAGGAUCUGGGCCGCCGAGGUCAGUGACCAGUGGAACGCGGGCCAGCCGGGCCGCACCAGCAAUGUGUACCUCAACUACGCCACCAGCUUCGAGACCCUCGAGGAGCGGUACGGCCACGAGAGCUGGCGCAUCAAGAGGCUGCGAGGCCUCAAGGCCCAGUAUGACCCCAACAACCGCUUCCGCUACUACAACCCCAUCGUGGUUGAAUAA